UAUCAACUCUCCCUUCUCUAGUUAUUUCCAUGGUCCAUGGUGAAUGGUCAGAUUCAGAUAAUAACAUGAGCGACAUGAUCUACAGCUAGCAGCAGUGUUUAGAUUUUGGCGAUUUUGGCUUUUAAUAUUAUUAUAAUAUAAUAUUCAAGUCGUAAAAUAUUAUAGUAACAGUACUUAUUAUGGGCAAAGACAUUGAAGAAUAACAAAAUCGUUUUUGGUGAAUAGAGUUAAUAAAAACUAUUAAUUAGACAAAAGUAUUUUGGGCUUCUUGCAGUAGUGUUAUACAUUAAUAAUAAUAACGUUUUCUCUCUCAUUUUGUGGAUUUUAAGCCUUGAAAUCAGUAGAUCAUCGUUGAAAUAUUAUUUUAAUAUGGAUGACCUGCAGAACUACAAUCUGCAGCUUCAACAAGUUGAAGCUGCUCUUACAACUGAUCCAGCGAAUAAAGAGUUACUGAAAUUAAAAAUUGAUUUAGAAGAAGUAAUAGAAUUAACGCACGAUCUUAUCAAGUCACAACAACAAGAAAAAAGACAUAGUGAUGGAACAGAUGUUCAAGAUCCUGUUUUACUGGCAGUAUUAGCUAAUAAAUGGAAGGUGGGAGAUUUAUGUAUGGCGCCCUGGAGCGAAGACGGAAAGUAUUAUGAGGCUACCAUCGAUGCAAUAAGCGAGGAUGGAGUAGUAAAUGUCACGUUUAAUGAGUACAAAAAUACAGAUGUUACAAUGCUCAGUCAGCUGAAAUCUAUAGCUAAAAGACCUGCUUCUGAUUGGGCUGAUCAAAAAUCAAAAAAAAUGCAGGUUGCUGCAGCAGCAGUUGCAGGCUCUGAUCCCAAUAAACAACGUGAAUAUCUUAAGAAAAAGAAACAAAAAAAAUUGCAGCGAUUUAAAGAACUCGAAGAAGAACGUGAACAAGAGAAGAAUAAGUGGUUGGCAUUUGCAACUAAGACUACUAAAAAGGGUGUUGUUAAAAAAAGCAUAUUUGCAACGCCGGAGAAUGUGAAUGGACGAGUUGGUAUAGGGACGUGCGGAGUUAGUGGAAAGGAAAUGACAAAAUUCACAAAUGGUGAGAAAUGGCGGCGUGGCACAUAAACUCAAAUUGUAUAUACAAUAGACCAAAACGACUCCCCGGCCAGUAAAACUUGUUUUCGAAUCGGAAGGAGCAGCUCAAAUGUACAUCCGCAAAUUGCUUGCAGCCAAAAGUUUCCCAAACCGGUAUAAAACUGAAGCACAUUUGGAUUGCACCAGGUAGGACAAAAUUACAAGUUCAGGAAAUCGACGAAAUGAAGAAGGAGUUGAGAUCUCGACGACAGCAGGGAGAACUGAACUUAACAAUGAUAUUUCGACAAGGAUCUCCAAUAAUUGUGAAUUCAAGGAAGAACGUAACCUCAACGAGCCAAGCUGUAAAGCAACAAUCAACGCAUGCGUAGGUAUUCCCACAUGUAGUCUUAGGGCAGCUUGGGGGGUCUCAGUCUAGAGAUCAGCUGUUUUCGAUUUAUUAUCAGAAUGUCGGGGUCGUAUUCACUAAAUUGCACCUACUGCGACAGUCAGUUCCAUCUGAUGGAGUGCUGAUUGCAGCCAAAUACGGCUUACGUGGAGUGAAACUUUUUACAAAUAAGAACACGGUCCAACAUGCUUUUGUUAAAUUGUCAGUAGGAUCCUGUCAGAUUAUCGUGGGAGUUUAUAUCCCGCCAAAUUCUAGCUCAUCAGUCGAAAUUGUAAUGAGGCAAACUUAUAUGGAUCAGAGCUUUAUUUUUUUUUGACCCAUCAGCAACGCACUUCAGAACAGAGCUUUAUAGAAAAAUUAAUAAACUGGCAUAAGUUUUCCCCAUAUGUUUUGGCUUUAGUUUUAGAUUUAAGAU